ACAAGAUCAAAACAUUGUGGAUGGAGAAUCUCACGCUUGAAAGCUAAAAAGGUUGGAUGGCUUGAAAUGUUUAAAUUGUCAAGAGAAGCUAAUAAGGGGGCGGCAAACCAAUGGAGAGUGUUGAAAGCUUGGCAGGGGGUUUGGAGGAGGUGAUCACUGCAUUGCAAAAGUAGUGGCUCAGCUCCUCCUCUCCCUCUCUAGCUUGUCAAUAGGGAGAGCUCAGUUUCUUUUUUUAUAUGGGAGAAGGUACCAACUGAUUCAAAAAAGAAAAAGAAAAAGCAUUAUGGUUGGAAUUGGAGUACUACUUCUCCUGCCACUUUUAUUAGCUACCUCGCUAGGACUAGUUUUGGCUUUUGUUUUCCUACAAUCCUUGUUUUUAAAACAAGAGCCCAUCAAUAACUUACCUCAUGGGAGCAUGGGAUGGCCCUUUCAGCUGGGGGAAACCCUGGCCUUCCUCAGGCCACACCAAUCAAACACUCGGGGGAGCUUCUUAGACGACCAUUGCUCUAGGUACGGGAAAAUUUUCAAGUCUCAUCUAUUUGGGUGUCCAACCAUCGUCUCCUGCGACCACGAGCUCAACAUGUUCAUCCUUCAGAACGAAGAGAAGCUAUUCCAGUGCAGCUACCCCAAGCCCAUCCACGGAAUACUCGGAAAGCAUUCUUUGCUCGUUGUGGUUGGUGAUGUUCACAAGAAACUAAGAAGCUUCGCACUUAGCUUGGCCAGUACAUGCAAGUCAAAGCCCGAAUACCUCCACGACAUAGAGAAGCUCGCGAUCAGUCUCAUGGAGUCCUGGAAGGAGAGAAAGGAAGUCAUGUUCUAUGAAGAAGCCAAGAAGUUCACGUUCAAUCUGAUAGUGAAAGAAAUACUUAGCAUGGAACCGGAAGAUCCAGUAGCCUCAAAGAUAUUGAAAGACUUUCUUACCUUCAUGAAGGGGUUGGUGUCUCUCCCGAUAUAUAUACCAGGAACCCCAUACGCCAAGGCAGUUAAGGCCAGAGCGAGGAUUUCUUCCACGGUGAGUUCCAUUAUAAAAGAAAGGGAAAAGGUGGAUGUGGGGCUUAAAAAAGGAGACUUUUUAGAUGUGCUUUUGUCAAAUGCAAGCUUAAAUGAUGAAGGGAAAGUGAGUAUUGUGUUGGAUCUUCUGCUCGGAGGAUACGAAACUACCUCGAUACUUAUGGCCUUAACUGUCUACUUUCUUGCUCACUCACCACAUGCUCUUGAGCAUCUAAAGGAAGAACACGAGGCUAUAAGGAAGUACAAGCCAGAGAAAGAAUCCUUGAAUUGGGAAGAUUACAAGCAAAUGGAGUUCACACAAAAUGUCAUCAAUGAAGCUCUAAGAUGUGGUAACGUAGUCAAGUUUGUUCACAGGAAGGCGAUUAAGGAUGUCAACUUCAAAGGGUACUUCAUUCCCUCUGGAUGGAAGGUUCUUCCCAUCUUUACAGCCGUACAUCUAGACCCAUCUCUUCAUGAAAAUGCAUCAGAGUUCAAUCCUUGGAGAUGGGUUGGUCAAGCACCGGGCAAAAACUUCUCACCUUUUGGUGGAGGGCUUCGUCUCUGUCCAGGUGCCGAACUUGCCAAAGUAGAGACUGCAUUCUUCCUUCAUCAUCUUGUCCUAAAUUAUAGAUGGAGAACAAAAGGAGAAGACUAUCCGCUAGCCUACCCUUACGUGGAAUUCAAGAGAGGUUUGCUUCUGGAGAUGGAGCCACUGGAGACGAGAUUACCUGAAGGAAAUCCCAGUAGUGAUAGGCGUUAGGGUAGAAAUUAAAUGAAGAAAUGUUGUAUUAUUCACAUAUGAAUUAUUAAAGAAAAGGGCAAUGCUUAGGAAAAGAAAUGUGGGUCAUCAAUUAACAGGAUUGUUAUUCUCACAUACUUUCAGUACCAUACACUACCUAAUUCAGUCCUUACUCCUUCAUGGCGUUGGUAUUUACGAAA